AUGAAGCCAAGAGAGGCUGGCAAAGCACACAGGCUAAGUGCUGAGGAGAGGGAACAGCUGCUGCCUAACCUGAGGGCUGUGGGGUGGAACGAGCUAGAGGGCCGCGAUGCCAUCUUCAAGCAGUUCCAUUUCAAAGACUUCAAUAGGGCUUUUGGGUUCAUGACAAGAGUGGCCCUGCAGGCUGAGAAACUGGACCACCAUCCUGAAUGGUUUAACGUGUACAACAAGGUCCAAAUCACCCUGAGCACUCACGAGUGUGCCGGCCUUUCAGAACGGGACAUAAACCUGGCCAGCUUCAUCGAACAAGUAGCAGUGUCCAUGACAUAGACCCUGCCCUUCCUCUUUCACUUCCUCAGGGGAAAGAGGUGACUGAAGUUGGAAUCCGGGGAGGGAAGUGGAGAGUCCUUGGCCUCGAGAGUCUGAUGCCUCCAUGUAGGGGUGAGUCCUUGCUACGGAAAGAUGCCAGCGUCACUGCCAGCACUAGAAAUUUAGACCUUUUAGCAUGCCACUGUCUGCAUCCUCGUGGUUGUGUUGUUACACUGAUUUGAGUAAGCUCUCUCCUUUCUUUGCGACUUCUAAGCAACAGUAAUGAUUUUUUCUCCAGGUUGUAUCUUCCUCCCUUCCCAAGAAACUGUGAUAGACAGUGAAAUAAAGUCUUAGAACCCAGGACCCUAAAGUAAUCCCCAUCCUAUGUGACGGAAACACGUGCUUUUAUGCCUCAAAUAAAACUAUUGUAUCACUUGG